AUGGCUCCGCGUCGGACGUCAACUGUUUUCAACAAGCGUGUGGUGUCGGGCCGUGCAGCUAAAAUUUUGGCAUUAAUACCUAAAGAACACGCCGAGUCUGAGACAAGUGAACGUUCAGCUGAUGAAAACGAAUUGCAUGAAAGUAGUACCGCAAGUUCAAAUGCUUCAUCACCAGCACCUUCUUUGGCAUCUUCUUUAGAACGUCUCAAUAUAUCAACUAGUUCCGAAUAUGAGCAAGCAAUACCAAACCACCACCCAGAAUUGCACUCAAUACAAGAAAUGGAUGUUCCUCUAACACCCAUUAUGCAAGAAGUCAUAGACGAAGAAAACUAUGCAAAUGUUCCAUCUAUCUCAUCAAUUCCAUCCUUGCCAACACCAAACACUUCACGAAAAACCCGUUCUAGGCGUCCUCAGGUCGUUAGCAAAAGACGUAAAGUAGUCAAGAAGUUUUCAUUAAAUUACACAUGGCGGCGAGCAUUUUUCCAACAUAGAGCUGAAAUAGAAACAACAAAUGAAAAUGACGAGUACGUAGAUAUUGGUUUGAAUGAGACAGUGUUAGACUAUUUCAUGAAAUUCUUUUCAGAAGAUAUUUUCUUGGACAUUGUCAGCGAAACCAACAUGUAUUCUGUGCAGAAGUCGGGAAAGUCCAUUGAUUUGUCUGUUGACGAGUUUCGCGACUUCUUGGCAAUCAAAAUAAUGAUGGGUAUAGUUGUGAUGCCGUCUUAUCUCGACUACUGGUCAAAGCAAUUUAGAUAUGCUCCAAUAGCAGACCUCAUGAGCCUGAAAAGAUACCAACAAAUACGUCGUUAUUUACAUUUUGCUGACAUAAAUUUUGAAAAUUCUGAUAGAUACUAUAAAGUGCGACCCGUAGUUGAAAAAAUAAAGAAAAACUGCUUGGCCGAGGAAACAGAAAGAAGUUUUAGCAUAGACGAGCAGAUGAUUCCGUAUAAAGGGACUAAAGCUGGGAAACGUCGCCAGUAUAUGAAGGACAAGCCUAAUAAGUGGGGCUUUAAAAACUACGUGCGAGCUGGUCCAAGUGGAAUGAUUUACGAUUUCAUACUGUACGGGGGCGAAGACACAUUUCGGUUUCACAAAUUUGCCGACGAUGAAGCGACAUUGGGGUUCGGUGCACAAAUUGUACUGGCUCUCUGUCAAUCGAUAAAAAGAAGGCCAUCUACUGUAUGUUUUGACAACUUCUUUUCAUCACCUGAGCUUGUCUACAUCUUACGUGAAAAAUAUGGCAUUUUUUCACUUGGGACCAUUCGACGUAACCGAUUGAGAGGAGCUGACGAAAAACUGGUUACUGAAAAACUGCUGAAAAAGAAACCACGUGGUAGUUUCUCUCAAGUAGUCUGCAAUUCCAACAAAUUGGCAGUUUUACGAUGGAACGACAAUAAAAGUGUGACGUUUAUAAGUUCCUAUGUCGACUCUGAACCAGUGCAAAAAAUAAAACGGUACUGUAAAAUUGCCAAAGCCAAGGUUGAUGUCGAUUGCCCCAACAUGGUAAAAGUAUAUAAUAAGACCAUGGGUGGCGUUGACUUAUCUGACAUGUUGAUCUCACUGUAUAGGAUUCCAUUUAAAAGCCGAAGAUGGUACUUAAGUAUAUUUUCCCAACUCAUUGAUAUAUGUAUCAACAACGGGUGGUUGUUGUACAGGAAACACUGCGACUUAAAAAAAGUGCAAGCAAAACCAUUGAAAAUGUUUCGUCAUGAGUUAUUUGCUGCAUUGACAAAGUCUAAUAGGGCGGUCAAUAGGAACAAAAGUGAAGAGUGCAGCGUUAAAAGACCACUUACUGCUCGACCAGUCGAUUCCGUGCGUUAUGAUAACGUUGGGCACUUUAUGAGCACAAAAACUGAAGGCCGGUGCAUGUACUGCAAUAAAAAAACGGUAGUAUACUGCAUGAAGUGUAACGUAAGGCUUUGUUUUGUAACCGGAAAGAAGCCCAGAAAUUGUCAGUUAAAUUUCCACCUGAAAUAAUUGUAUAAGUAUAUUUUAUAAUAAAUGCAUGUU